CUCGAGUGAUCGUGCACCUGUGUUUAGAGUGUGACAAUGCGUGGCGUUAUUCUGCAUCCCAUGACGCCUGUCAAUCAUCGGCGUGUCUAUUGCAAUACACUGGUUGGGCACACGCAAUAGUGAGACCUUACAAACGGCUUUGAAUAUAUGUUAUUGACAAGAAUCGUGAUAACGUUAUAUUGACUGGUUAUAUAGAGUUACGGUUCAUCCCAUCAGCGCAUAUUUCAGUUAUUCAGUGUUAUAAUGCUGGGAGUGUUUAUCACUUGCGACGGAAUAUUUCCACAACUUAGACAGUAACCUUUUAGAACAUAGGCACCGGACAGGUCAUCUCUCUAAUGGAAGAAUGGGACACGGUCACUCAGGAGACAAUUCAUUGAAAGUAAGAAGUUCAGCAUGCAGAAGACGGACAUGAUCUUAGAUACGCCACUUUACCUGUGAAAUAAAAGCAAGAGCACAGAACUUUCAGGUUAAUUCACAAAACACGUGCUACUACCGUCGGAUCUAGAUCGACCUCACAGGACCGAGUGAGAAUUUAAUACGCCGUAUAUCACGUCGCGUAGCUGGGUCCCGCGAACAUUACGUAAAGACGUGAAAGUACGACACUGUAGGUCCCUAGAGUCCUACACCUUCUGACCACAGGCAUCCAGAUAUACAUUCUCCUUCACACAUCUCAGAAGCUCCUGGACUGGUAUGAACCGAGAGAUAUUGGGCUUACCUGCUGUGAAUAUCUCAUACCCUUCUCAAGUGAGCGUACUGUGCCCCAUGCCCAGCUAGUUCACCGUACAGAGACAAGGGGUUCAACGUUACCAGGACACUUUCAUUCUUCUACUCAAUACGACAACAUGAACGUCAUUGGUGUUGUCGUAAUGUGUUUGGCUGCAAGCCACCUCCCUGCUGUACAUGGCGGCAUCUGCUGGUUGUCCAGGAGCAGGAAUGGACGGUGCAGACAGAUGUACAGUGUGAACACAUCACGUGACCAGUGCUGUAACCUCACCAUACCGGCUGUAGCCCUCAGCUGGACGCCCCUCGACGUGGCCUCCCAUAUCCACACCAUGCUAUUCACCGGGGGUACGGCCCAGUGUCAUGUCUGUCACAAAACCUGCGACAAUGUGAGAUGUGGCGCUGACCGGAAGUGUCGAGUGAGGCACGGACAGGCAAGAUGUGUGUGCUCUCCACAGUGUCCUCGUCACCUAAAGCUGAUGGGAGUUCUGUGUGGCUCUGAUCAGCGCACUUACAAGCACUAUUGUGCCAUGCUUCGCCACAACUGUAAGCGCAACAAGGAGGUGAAACCUGCAUACCUCGGACACUGUAAAGAGUCGUGUCGCGGAGUCAAGUGCUUCAGACGUGGACAUCACUGCCUUCAAGAUCAGCACGGCCUGCCUCACUGCGUGCCCUGCAACACCUACUGCGGUAAUGUCCCUUUCUACAGCCUGUGCGGGGAAGAUGGUGUCACUUACCCCAGUCAGUGCCAUCUAGUGGCAGCCAUAUGUAUGAAAGGGGAGGCGAUCCGAGUUGCAUACACAGGACAAUGCAUUGAUGGCUUGACCUGCGACACCCUGAAGUGCCCGGAUGACAGACGGUGUCUGACGAACGCCACUUCCGGCCUGCCCCAGUGUGUCAGCUGCAAGGGCGCUUGUUCAGUAUCUUCCAGAACAGAAGAGAAUAUCUUUGUGUGUGGCAGCGAUGGACACACCUAUAAAAGUUAUUGCGCAAUGCAGAGACGUGCAUGUCGCACCGGGGUGGUCAUCAAGACAGCGUAUUAUGGAAGAUGUAAAGAGACUUGAGUCGACAUGAUUUCAGUCCGAUGUGGCCUGUUGUUAAAACUGCGCCAUUAUCAACUGGUGUGUGUAGUGAUGGACGGGAAAGUGCAAUAUGACGGCAGAUGCACCUCUAAAGCAGUGCGGUUCAACUGGAGUUCUGUGUUGGCUAACGAACAGCGUCAUACGCAACACUCCAUAGACUUUCUGUUAAAGUCUUCUGAUAGACAGAUCCCAGCUGCAGUCUCUCACGGAGUGAUGGGUGGUGUAUAUUUCAACUAUUCAAGGAAACAUUCGCCUGUGCUCCAUGUACAUGUAUAUAUACUUUUGGUUGCCGGUCUUGGUAGCUGAUUUGUGUAUGAAUAUGGGCGAUUUUGGUGUGUUAUAACGCCUUUAUGCUUUCAGACAUUUUCUGCACGAGGUCAGUUACCAAAGUGUACAUGACGUGAGCAUAGUGUAACAUAUCACAGAGGAAUAAUCUUCACUCGCAUGUUUAUUUGAGUAUAAUUAAGUUUAUUUUAUAUUUAAGUAAGCUAAUAUGGGCAAAAUUACGAGUUGGUGAAUAACUACUAGUAUUGGGUUACCGCAGAAAUGUCUCUUCCGUAGGGGAAUCAGACUUAGAAAAGCACAAUACCAUGUUCAUCGUAUUGAAAUAAUUGUGGCAGAUAUGUGUAUUUGUAUACCUCCUAAUCAUCUCAACACGCUGACAAUCACACGUCGACCUGCACUGCUGUAGUAAUCCGGUCACGCCACACAGCCACCUCUCCCAGAUGGAACGCUCAUAUUUCGUGUGUCCAGUGGAUGAUGUGAAGCAACGUAUAUACAUCACGCGUGUCUGGAAAUCAUAUGCAUACGCCUGUCUACAUCAACCAGAUGAAUGAGAUUGCCAACCCCGUUUAGGUAACUCCACGGCGGACCCCGACACCUGCAGUGGUAUUUGGGAUAAAGCUGUACAGAGCGGUGGAAGCCAUCUCAUACACAGUUGCCAAUGUUUUAGUAUUGAAAGUCAUUGUUGUCUUUUUUUACAGAGCUAAGCCCAUGUCGUGCAUUCUAAAUUGUGGGGCAAGUAAGUCUACACUUGAA